AUGCCGCCCCACGACCCCGAGCCGACGCCCAAGCAGCGCGCACGGGCGAACACGACGUUCUCCUCCUUCCCCUGGCGCCGUGGCCGCGACUCUGCCGCCAACACCCCCGGCGCAGGAGGCACCCCUUCCUCGCCCUUGUCCAACCACCUCUCCGUCGACGACCUCCUCACGAACCUCACCCCGCCCGCAGUCCCCUCCCUCGCCACAGCCCGUGCGCUCUCCGUCGCUCUCUCUGCCUGUCCGCCCCCCGAGAACGUUGCGUCCGUCGUGAACAGCACCUCGCUCAUCCCUAUCCUCUCCGCUCUCUGUGCGCCGGAUCGGCCGCCGUUGCUCAGACAGGCGGGAUAUGAGAUUCUCGCAUCGUAUAUGGGCUUGGCGGAGGGCGUCCAUCCGUUGAGUACGUCAGACAGACUCACUUUCUUUUCGCUCUUCAACGACGAGUGUGCGGCGAGCUGGGUGCCGGAGGUGUGGGAGGCGAGGGCGAGGGCGUUGAAGAGUCUGGUGCGCUGUGGCGAGGACAUGCUAGGUAUCGAAUGUCUCGUCAUUGGUAUAUUGGAGGUAUGGCUUGAGGCUGCAUACGGUGGUCUGCUCGUGCGGGAGGCUGCAGACCGGACAGAGCGCGAACGCUCCGUCGACUGGCUCGCUGCCUUCCUCACCGAACUCAUGUCUCGCUCGGAUACACGGGCACGACUGAGCGAGGCCGAUAUCGCAGGUGUGCUUGCGUUCUUCGCGUCCAUCGUCGAGCGCGCCCUUGCCCUGCCCUCCGACUGGUUUGGUACUCCCGAACUCCCCACGCAAUCGACGACCCCGACCCGACUGACGCACUCGCACCGACGACACCCAUCGAGUGCAUCCAUCCCGCGGGCAUCACCGACGAGCGUAACGCCGCUGACGACAAACCGACGACCCCUCGAUAUCGCCAUCCCGCUCUACCUGGGCCACCUCCACGCGCAGAUCACCACGCUCUCGCCCGUCCACCUGCAGUCCAUCCUGCCCAUCCUCUUCCGCGCUCUCGCAUUCUACUCGUCCCCGCUGCCCAGACUGUCCAUCAACGACCCGACGCAGUUCGACGCUCUCCCGCUCGAACGCAAGAUCGACGAAGCGCUCAAGCCGCUGCUCAACGGACCGUACACCUCGACCUGCUUCCUCAUCCUCAAACGGCACCUUCUCCCUCCUCCCUCCCUCUCUCACCCCGCUCCAGAUCCCGCCUCCCCCUCUAUCCCCACCUCCCCACCCGCCUCUCCCAAUACCACUCCAUCCGCGCCCUCCCUCCGCACCGCCAUCCAAUCCUCCACCGGCGCCCUCCGCGCCCUCCGUCUUUCCAUCCGCCAUACCCUCCGCGCCCGUCUCGCACGCAGCUACAUCGCCCGCAUGUCCUCCGAUUCGUUCACGCAUUCGGGUGCUCCGGGCCAGUUGGACUUGAAUUUGGAGACGGAUUUGAUGGAGCAAGCGUGGGCGAAGGAUGAGGUCACCAAGGGCGAUUUGGGCAAGGUUGGGAGGGUGUUGAGGCGGGCUGCGGAGGCUUGGGCGGGGGUGCGUUUGGAUAAUGAGGAAGAGGGAGAUGUGCAAGCGGAGGACGUGUUGUUGGAGAUUGUGGGCGUGUUGAAGGAUGUGUUCCAGGAGUAUGGUGAGAGGGGGGACAAUGAAGAGGUCGAUGAGGAAGAGGCGAAUGUCGUUGGCGAGAUUUUACAGGCUCUGUGCGGGUAUAUCGUGCCUCUCAAGGACCAAGACGGCAAUCCCUACAUCCUCCCUCUAACCCACCCCUCCGAAGCUCGCAACCCCCUCCUCCGCGAACUCUCCUCCAUCCUCUCCCGAGAUCCCUCCCCCGCCAUGACCCCCUGCAACCCCCCGCUCUCCUCCCUCCUCCUUUCUAUCUCCUCCCACCUCUCCGACGCAGACACUGCCAAACUUCUCGCCACGAUGUAUGACCGCACCGAGCUCUUCCCCUCCACUCUCACCUGGUCCACCUCCUGGGCCCUCAUCCUCUCCAACACCAACGAUCCGUGCUUAUGCUCCGUCAACUCACGACGGCUCACCCGUCGGACGAUGUUAGACGCGCUACAGGAUACGAUCGACGUCGUGAGGGACGUUCCUACGCAGCGGGAAGUCUUGGUGGAGAUGGUAUUGCAGCACUGGAAGGAGAUGGACGUCCGGAAGGGCGAGAUGGAUGGCGGAGAAGUCGUCUGGAAUGUCCUCGCGGACGAAGUCGUUCUAAGACAGGUAGAGUCACAGGAAGAUCCCGAAGGGAACCACAGCGACGAAGAGCACGUCAGCGCGUUCAUCGACGACGUCCUCGAGCUCAUGACGACCUCGGCAACAGAAGGCGAAGACCUCGAUGUCGAUUCCGGUCCUACGCCCGCUCCAGCACCCCAAGACGUUCAUUCGCCCACCCCAGGCCCAUCCGUUUCCGUCUCUCCUGCGCUUUCUCGCGUUCAAUCCAUGGACACCGUCAGCCCUCCAAAAGAAAAAGAACAAGGCCUGAUCUCGAUCUUUUCUUCUUUCGCCCCAUCCAGUCGAUCCCACCCGCCUCAUCCACCCCCAUCCUCCUCGACACCUCUCCCCCUCCCCGAUGAUGCUGCCUCCGUGCACAGCGUUCCCCUUCCCAACGUCCUCGAAGGCCUCACAUCCACCCCAAGCAGCCUCACCGGCUCCGUCGGCGCCGUCGUCGCCCUGCUACACAUCUUCACCCAGCUUUCGUUCACGCCACAUGCGCUCUCCCACGCCAAUCGCACCCUCGCCGUCCGCGUCUUUUCCAUCCUCGUCUCGUUAUUGACCACCGCCAAAUCGAGCCUCGCACGGCUUACUGUGCUCCAAUUCGUCUUUAGGUUAAGGGUGGACAGAGACCAUCGGUUGUUUUCGAGUUAUCUGCGCUACGACCGUUUCGAGCAUAUUUCUACUCUCGCCGCGCUCAUCGGACGACAUAUUCCCGAGGGUCAGGGUCAUCCAGUCCCCGAGACGACGACGACAGAAGAUAACAUGCCGCCCGACGUCCUCGAGGCGUUCAAGAACCGCGCCCGUGCACCGGAGCGAGAAGAACGCCGUAGUUCUCGCGGCAGAGAAGCCAAAACGUCGCAUUCACGGUCAAGUCGUUCUCGUUCGCGCGCCGGCGCGGGUCGAAACCGUCCACCGCCUGUUCCUGUCCCCGAUGCGACGACGCACAAAAUCAGAAAACCAAUCUGGCGUAUCCCUGAGCAUCUGCCGUUUUCGGUCCCCGAGUCUGACACGCCCAGCGACGGAUUGAUAUCCUACGAUCCUGACGGACCUGGCGCGCGCGUUAUUCUUCCGAUCUCGACGUUGUUGCUCGCGUUUAUCGAGAUUUUGCAGGCGGAGAAAGACUGGGAGAUUUUGAGUUAUGUGUUGUGUCAUUUGCCUUCGUUGUUGGCGAACAAGCAUCUGUUCUGUGGGCCGAAAUCACGGCAGGCGAUCUCGAAGCUGACUGAUCUGUUAUGUACCCGCCUCUCGACGGGCGAGUUGGGGAACAUCGCGCAUUGGCCGCCAGGGUUGAAGGCCAGAGACGCGAACGGUCUGGCCUAUCACACGCUCUCCAUCCUCAUCAGCUACCGGAAGUGUUUCGAUCCUCAAAAACAGCACAUCCUCGUCGAGGUCUUCAUGAUCGGUCUCAACGGCCAACAAUCCACCAUCAAAUGCUGCCUACACGCGCUCUCCCUCUCCGCCUUCGAACUCCCCGACUCCACCCGUCGUUUCCUCCCCGACAUCCUCACCAAGCUCUCCCAGAUCAUGACGAACGCAACCAUCGCCGUACACAUCAUCGCCCUGCUCGCCAUCGUCGGCUCCCUCCCCGCGCUCUACGCCAACUUCACCGAAUCGCACUUCCGGCUCGUCUUCGGCGUCGCAUUGCAAUACCUCCGCCUACACAACCAACCCGACGAAUCCAGUCCAAACACGUCCUGGGCGCUGUCGCAGCACGUCCGCAUCAUGUCCUACUACAUCCUCUACCUCUGGUUCCUCGCCGUCAAGCUCCCCGACCGCCCAAAACACGUGCGGUACAUCACGCGACAGCUCCUGCUCGCGAACGAGGGCCGGAAGGAUAUCGACGAGUUCGCGGAGGUGUGUUUUGAUUGGCUUGCGCGAUACACGUAUUCGUCUGCGGAUCCGAGGCCGGCGGACUCGAUGUUGAAGGAUAUGGUGAUGAAUCCCGCUGAUAAACGGCCGGAUUCGGAAGUGUUGACGGAGAAGACGUGGAUCGUGGGUACGGCGCUGGUGACGAUCAAGACGUUGACGAAGAUAGGGUGGAUUGAGGUUGUUGCGAGGAGGGCGUCUGGGUUGACGAGGGUGUUGGCGAGGAUCGAGAAUUUGCCGAUGGUGGGGCCUGGGGACGUCGAUCCGGAUAUGAUCUCUGUGCCGGCGGUGUUGGCUAUGGAUCGCGAGGUUCCUCCUGCUGAGGGUGAGGCUGAGGGAGAAGACAGAAGGGAAGAGCGGGAGUUGUAUCAGGAAGUGUUGCGGACUCUGUAUCCCACCACAGAGGAGCCCAGUAACACGGAAGAUGCUGCGUCGAAACCGGAUCCUAUCACAGGUUAUGUCUGGCAAGGCCAAGCUCCGUCUCAGCGUCGAAAAGAGGUCGCCAUCGAUCCGUCGUACUUCGCGCUGCAGCUCACGCCCUACCCGGACAAGUACGAUUCCCGCCAACGUGCAAAAGUCGUGGACUCUCCCGGUCUGCCUAUGCUCAUUCGAACGUUGGACCGGAUGCCCGUCAUCGACACGCAUUCGGUGGGCGUGAUGUACGUCGCGCCAGGCCAGACGAAAGAGCACGAGAUCCUGGCGAACACACAUGGUUCCCCGGCGUACUCCCGCUUCCUCGAGGGACUCGGCAGAUUGAUCAAUCUCCGUGGUCAAAAGGACGUUUAUGCUGGUGGACUCGAUCCAGCGGAAGACGGCGAGUACGCGUACGCGUGGUGGGACGAUAUCGGCCAGGUGCUCUACCACACCGCGACGCUCAUGCCGUCCCAUCCGCACGAUCCACAGUGCACGUUCAAGAAACGGCACAUCGGGAACGACUAUGUGCGUAUCGUCUGGAACGACUCUGGCCUGCCGUACAAGUUCGACACGCUCGCGACCCAGUUCCAAUUCGUCAACAUCGUCAUCGAGCCGCACUCGCUCGGCGCCAUCGCAGCCUUUUCGAAUAAUCUGCACGAGAACGAGUAUUUCAGGGUCACCGUCCAGCGCGCUCCAGGCAUGACCGAGUUCACGCCCGUGGGGAACUUCAAGCUGAUCUCCGCAGAGAACCUGCCUCUGUACGUCAGGCAGCUCAGUCUGCUCUCCGAAUGGUUCGCGGUGGUCUUUCAGGGUACGAACCAGGACACGUCCAGAAUCGAGGUGCCCACGAAUUGGAGAUCGAGGCUGCAGGCGAUCAAGAGGUUCAAAGAGAAGAUACCGGCGCCUGAACGGUUUGAGCGGGUGGAGGGCGUUAUGGGCCAGGAGCCCUAUAGGGACUUCACGCUCGCGUUCUGAGGAGCAUCAGGUUCGUUUUUCUGAUUUCGUUGUGGAUGUUGUACACAUAUACCUUUCGAUCUUCAUCCUUCGUGUCUCUUUUUGUUCAAGGUCCCUUCACCCGCUGUCUUUCUAGUCUCGCUCUUGUAUUACCCUUCGCCCUUUCCGCCUUUGUAUGGAAUCCUUCGCAUUCUUCAUCUUCGAUUUUACUUACUUCUGGUUUGAUUGUUCCGAUAUCUCGUUUCGCGUUUCGUUCGGUCUUCGCUUUUCUUUUUUUUCCUUCCUUCCUUACGAGCCCUACGGUUUCGUCAGGAAACCCCGUCAUCAUUCACUCACGCCAUACGUUGUACUCGCAUCUACUUAUCUACC